CGAACACUGCCCUCGGCCGGAGAUUAGGACAUGGGACGAGAGCUUUUAUUGUUCAUGGCGCCAUUGCUCUGCUGGGUCUGUAAAGCUGAUGACUGGACCCAUGCUCAUGCUGAGGACAAGCUCUUUAAGAAACUCUUCAGUACCUACAAUAAGUGGUCCAGACCUGUGCGCAAUAUUACUGAUGUAGUCAUUGUCAAGUUUGGUCUCUCAAUUGCUCAACUCAUUGAUGUGGAUGAGAAAAAUCAGAUGAUGACGACGAAUGUUUGGUUGAAGCAGGAAUGGAAUGACUACAAACUGCGUUGGGAGCCGUCAGAUUACGACAAUGUAACAUCCAUCAGGGUGCCAUCAGAAUUUAUUUGGGUACCAGACAUUGUUCUGUAUAAUAAUGCAGAUGGUGAGUUUGCUGUGACUCACAUGACCAAAGCCCACUUGUUCUACACAGGGGAGGUGCGUUGGGUGCCUCCUGCUAUCUACAAGAGUUCAUGCAGCAUUGAUGUCACCUUCUUUCCCUUUGAUCAACAAAAUUGCAAAAUGAAGUUUGGCUCUUGGACGUAUGACAAAGCCAAAAUUGACCUGGAACGCAUUGAGAAAACUGUGGACCUAAAGGAUUACUGGGAGAGUGGGGAGUGGGCCAUCGUGAAUGCUGUGGGUACAUACAACACCAAAAAAUAUGACUGUUGUCAUGAAAUCUACCCAGACAUCACUUACUUCUUCAUCAUUCGUCGCCUUCCUCUUUUCUACACCAUCAACCUCAUCAUCCCGUGCUUGCUCAUCUCCUGUCUGACUGUGUUGGUUUUCUACCUACCCUCAGACUGUGGGGAGAAGAUCACACUGUGCAUAUCUGUCCUCCUUUCCCUGACUGUUUUCCUCCUGCUCAUCACUGAGAUCAUUCCAUCCACCUCUCUGGUCAUCCCACUAAUCGGAGAGUAUUUGCUCUUCAUCAUGAUUUUUGUAACACUCUCUAUUGUCAUCACUGUAUUUGUCCUGAACGUGCACCACCGCUCUCCCAGUACUCACAAGAUGCCACGCUGGGUUCAGUCGGUAUUCUUGGGCUUCAUCCCCCGUUUUCUCUUUAUGAAGCGUCCAGAGCCUGGCCAGACACAUCGCCAGCAACAAGAAAAGAGACAUGUUAUGAAUCAUUGCUCCAACCUCAGCACCUCUAAAAGCUGGUUGCAGCAGGAGACAGAUGUGGAUGUAGGUGUACAUUGGAAUAAGGAGAACAAUGUAGCCACCUAUUCUUUUUCUCCUGCUACAUCGUUAAACUUGUCUGACUCUGAGACCUCACUGAAAAAGUGUGACAUCCAACAGCAAGGACAAAGGAUAACCCUCAUUCAGCGACCUGCAAACCUGAGCCAUCUGGAGUCUGAGCCAAGAGUGCCAUGCUCCCCAGGUCUUCUACAGGCCUUGGAAGGAGUGCAAUACAUUGCUGAUUAUCUGCAUGCUGAGGAUACAGACUUCUCUGUCAAGGAGGACUGGAAAUACGUGGCAAUGGUGAUUGACCGCAUUUUCCUCUGGAUGUUUAUCAUUGUCUGCCUGUUGGGGACAGUUGGCCUCUUCUUGCCUCCCUGGCUCUCGGGGAUGAUCUAGCUACUUGCCACAGGCUUAGUGAUAAUGACAUCAGGUCUCUUAGCAAUGUUCAACCUGUGCAAUUGGGCCAAGACCUGCCCUGCAGACAACUGCAUCUUUUAAAGGAGAGGACAGUCAUUCGAAGAGUUUUCAUGCUUAUGGCUAUGAAUUCAAUUUUUGCCCUCACUGUGUUAAAAAGAAAUGUAAAAACCUGAUUUUGCAGACCUUUUUUAGUAAUGAGGUUUUGUAUGAAGUGUGAGUCAGAGCAUAUCAGUUCAGUCAAGUAUUACCUGGGGUCACAUUCAGUUGUAAUAGUUCUUCUCAGUAGAUCCUCUCAGCCGUGACUUUACCCAUGGCUCCAGUGCGAGCAGCACUCCUCACCUCUAUUGAACGAACUUAACUAACACUGUUUCUCAGCCCUGUCACUUCUACAUACUGAGAAAGAAAACCUUCAACGUAAUAUGCAAAACUAACCUCUGUAAAAGAGGCAAAGAAUAUGUGACCCUGCCUUGAUGUAUUGUAGUUCAUUUAACACUGAAUGUCUGCGCUGUCUUUUCCUCUCAGCAGUAAUCACCUGACAGAUCAAAAGGCAUACUUCAUUCAUGGACACAGACCUUUAACGAGCCCUUGAAAAAACUGUGUCG